AUGAUAAUUCAAUUAUCAAGUCGAGUUUUGCAGUCCUCUAAGAAUCAAUCCGGUUUCCCAGUUUCUCCUCCGGACAGCAGUAGUGCUGAUGAAGAUGUUCUUGUCAUAAAUAUAAGUGACAGUGAGAUGACAGAUAUACUGGAAGAUGUUUCAGAAGAAUAUAAUAAUGAGAAUGACCCAUCAUUCUCAUGUAAGAUGAUCGUAUCAUCCGAAUCAUCAUCAGACUCAUCCGAAUUAUCAUCCGAAUCAUUAUCCGACUCAUCCGAAUCACUAUCAUCAUCUGAAUCAUCAUCAUUCUCGUCUGAGUCAUCACAAACCUCAUCCAAAUCAUCAAAAAAGAAAACAACAUGUAGAUGUUUGUGUCAUCGUCGUAACAACAACCGAAAGAGGUCCCUAUCACUCACAAAGCGCCGAGUCCGCAGUGUGAUAACAGAAAAAAAAAUUGAAAAGACAAAUUCCUACACACAUUUUGAUGAUGAUGAUAGCAACGAUGGAGCGGAGAGAAUUUUAAUUUUAAUUUUUGAUAGCGACGAUGAAUUCGAUAGUGAAGAUGAUGAUGAAUUUGAUAGUGAAGAUGAUGAUGAAUAUCAUAGUCAAGGUUCAACCAUCGAUGACAACGAUGAUGAAAAUGAUGAUGAUGAUCUUAUUGUCAGUCCAAUCAUUGUCGUUACACAUGCGUUAGAGUUAUUGCAUACGCUCCUCGAAUCAUCAUCAGAAGGAGGAGACUAUUUGUCUACGUAA